AUGGUUCACACAGCUGAAUACUUGGCCAAAAGCGGUACCUCGAUCAGCUCCCUCUUGCAAGGAGGCUACAACCACCCUCUUUCCAGAGACUGGCACAACCAACGCAUGUUGACCAAAGACAUGUUUAUUUUCCCUCUCUUUGUGUCGGACGAACCGGACGAAGAAACGCCCAUGGAAUCGUUACCCAAAAUGAAGCGGUUUGGCACCAACAAAAUCGUUGCUUACGUCGACACCUUGGUUAAAAAGGGCUUGAGAAGUGUCAUUUUGUUUGGAGUGGUGAAACAAGAAGCCAAAGAUGAAGUGGGAACUGCUGCUGAUGAUCCCAACGGACCGGUGAUUGUCACCAUCAAGUUGUUGAAAAAACACUUUCCUGACUUGUACGUGAUGUGCGACGUGUGUCUCUGUGAAUACACCAGCCACGGCCAUUGUGGAGUGUUGUUGGAGGACGGAACCUUAAACCGGGAACCUUCUGUGUUGAGAAUUGGGAAGGUGGCCGUCAACUACGCCAAAGCCGGUGCUAAUUGUGUGGCUCCGUCCGAUAUGAUAGAUGGCCGAGUCAAGGACAUCAAGUUGGGAUUGGUGGAGGCCAACGUGGCCCACAAGUGCAUGUUGAUGUCGUAUUCGGCAAAGUUUGCCGGGAGUUUGUAUGGUCCUUUCAGAGAUACAGUUGGAAGUGCGCCUUCGCAUGGAGACCGUAGAAGCUACCAGUUACCGGUGGGAGGGUCCGGCUUAGCUCGUCGUGCGUUGAGAAGAGAUAUGGAGGAAGGAACCGAUGCGGUGAUUGUGAAACCUUCGACAUUCUACAUGGAUGUGUUGAAAGAUGCGGCUGAAAUCUGCAAGGACUACCCGGUGUGUGCGUAUCACGUGAGUGGAGAGUACGCCAUGUUGCACGCGGCGGCGGAAAAGGGGGUGGUGGACUUGCGGGCCAUUGCGUUUGAAAGCCACUAUGGGCUUGUGAGGGCUGGGGCGAGGAUGAUUAUCUCGUAUUUUACCCCGGACUUUUUGGACUGGUUGGAGUGA